CUAAGAGCGGAGGUCUUUCAUGUCUUGGAGCAGGCAUUCUCCAAUCACCAACAUCCGGGGGCACUCGGAGGAUUCAUCAACCCAUUAGCCGGGCUGAGCUCAGUUCCAUUUUCAAUUCCCUUUCCCCCCUACUCGGCUCGUAGCUUCGUGACUGCUAAUAAUCAGUUGAGAACUGGAUCGGUCAAGGUUGUCCUCCGGAUUCCACCAAUUCCCGACAUAGUCUUUUGGCAAACAUCGUGUCGAAACCCUACCUCCCUGCCAAUCCGGGUGCGGAAAACACCUACUUUUCCUUCAUCUAUUUCGGAGCGGAUACAUGGCCCUUCCCUCACCCUUACUGUCACGUUGAACCCUAGUUCCUCGUUAAGUCGUCUUCGGUCUCCACUACAUCAUCAUGGAGAGUGUCAUUGAUGCCGAUGCAUCGGGCGCCCGCGCGACCUCGAGGCAGAGAGUGACUAACGCCUGCGAGGCGUGCAGGGUGGCCAAGGUCAAGUGCCAGACCGGCAUGCAACCUGGAAUCUGUCAAAGGUGUCUCGAGUUCAAGAGAGAAUGCAUCUUCCGCACCGGCCCCAGAACCCGCCGCCCGCGACAAUCCAGACUGAACCAGGACGCCCCAAGACCCCCUCCACCACCGGGGCCAUCCAAGACCUUCAGCAUUGACUUUGGCAUGCCUCAAUUGGAAGAGCCCGACGACUUUGAGACUAUUGCCGCACAACAUGAGAGGUACUUCGAAGAGCUCUUACCUGCGUCUGACCCGGAGUUCAUCAACAUCAUGCUCGGCCUCGAGGACCCCGGUAGCAGACCCUACUCUACCAUAUCAACCCCGCCGUCCUCAGGCUCAGGCCCGUCCAUCUCCGUAUCGAACUUCGGUCUCAAACCCCAGUUCAACCUCGACUCCGCCGAGAAGCUUCUGCAGACAUUCCGCGUCAUGCUGAAGCAUUUUCCCUGCGUGGCACUUCCACCGGACGCCACGGUCGUGUCUCUGUCCAAGACUAAGCCGUUCCUGCUUCUCGCCAUUCUUUCAACGGCGUCCGCCUCCAGUGCGUUGCAGGGACACACACUUUACGAUGAAGAGUUCCGCAAGAUCCUCGGCCUCAAAUUCGUGGCCGGGAGCGAGCGAACCCUGGAGCUCCUCCAAGGCCUGCUCAUCUAUACGGCGUGGUAUCCUUUUCACCUCCGGCCAAAGAGCAAACAGGGCUUUCACUACGUCCGCAUGGCAGCUGAGAUCCUCCACGACCUCGACCUCGACCACCCACCCUACCAAAACGCGGGCGUGUCUACCGCACCUACAGCGGACCAGAUGGAAGGCAUCCGCACCUACCUGUCCUGCUACUAUCUGGUUACAGCGUUCGCGAUGGCAUGGGCCAAGAUGUCUACAGCACGACUCCCGUACACCUCGUGGACCGCUACCUGCAGCGACCUCCUUGAGCGCAGCUCCUCUCUCAAGGGGGACCAUACCCUCGCGUGGCUCGCAAGAUUACUGCACAUCACCGAGGAGGCGUCUGAGAUGACGAAGAAUGCUCCGGUCACAGAGCAGGCGAAACAACAGGCUCACUUCAUGUUUCUCGGGCUCGAUAGCCAGCUCAGGGAAUGGCAAAACCAAUUACCCAGCAGUCUGGGUGACGUUCAGUCUAUCAAAAUUGCCACCCUGUUCACCGAAAUUUUCCUCCUCGCCGGUCCCAUCUUCCGCCUCGCCUCCACAUCGAAGAUGGGCGAUCCCUCUCUCGGCCCGCCCAUCCCCGCCCCGCGCCUCGAGCGUUGCCUGGUGCUCAUACGCAGCUUCUUCGAUUUCACCGUCAACCUCGACAAAAACGCCUUCCUCGAGAUGAGCUGUAUCGAUUGGUGCCGCUUCAUUCAGGUCGUCAUCGUUGCCGUCCGCGUGUCUUUUCCACUGCCGCUCUGUCCUGAGUGGGAUCACGCGCGGGCUCGCGAACAGCUGCAGUUCGAGUCCUACCUCGCCAAACUGUCGGCGCACCACGAGGAGCUGACGCCGUCGACGAAGAGCAUGGACGUCUAUUCGGCGAGCAAGGUCGUGUUCGCGGUUAUGAAGCGCAAGUACGAGGGCCGCAUGGCGAACGUUUGUGCACCGGUGAACCAGCUUCCAAGGAGUAUUCGCGGAUGCCCCAUGUUCGAUGGGAGUCUGGAUCCUUAUUUUCCCAUAUGGGACCAGGACAUCAACCGGAACGGCGCGCACGGGUUGAUCCCGCCUGUGCUUAAUGGAACGCCGGCGGCGGUGAACGGCCAGGAUAUCUACACUGACCUGUGGGCUACGAUGACCAUGGGAUGUCCAGAGGAGAUGAAUGGGGAUCCAGAUCAGGGUCUCGAUCUGAUCCAGGGGCAACAUCCGCCGAUAUACCCGGAUCCAUCGCUCCCAGGGGACAUGGCCACGGGCCCAACACCUACCGGUAGCGGAUGAGCUUUCUAGCUUGAAUGGUAUCGCACGCUCCAUCCUGGCCAUAGCUUCUUGCAGAUGGAGGUAACCCUACGACAUGAAUUGGACCUUCUCUGGGGGGGGGGGGG